GGUCCUCCUCAUCAUCCAACUCAAUCACACACACAUCUCACACUCCCUUUUCACCUCGAUUAAAUCACACACUACUGUGCAUUACUGUGUGUUUUUGUGCCUCUACUCACAGGUCUACAGGUCUAUCAUCCCAUUAUAAAACCCUACCUUCUUUCAAUCUUGUGUUCAUUCAGUAAUAUUCAACUGUUAAUGGGUGAGGAGAUACAGAAGCCGGAGGAGGCGAAGAAGCCUGAGGAAGAAACAAAACCGGCCGCCGGAGAUGAGAAAAAGGGAGAGGAUUCAAAAGAACCGCCAACACCUCCGCCGCCGCAAGAGGUAGUUUUGAGAGUCUUUAUGCAUUGUGAAGGCUGUGCUAGAAAAGUCCGGCGAUGUCUUAAAGGCUUUGAGGGCGUUGAAGAUGUUGUUACGGAUUGUAAGACUCAUAAGGUUGUAGUGAAGGGAGAAAAAGCAGAUCCAUUGAAGGUUUUAGAAAGAGUCCAGAAAAAGAGUCACCGGAAAGUCGAGCUUCUGUCGCCGAUCCCGACACCGGAGGCGGAGGAGCCCAAGAAGCCUGAACAAGAAGAACCUGCAAAAUCGGAAGAAAAGAAAGAUGAGCAGCCAACGGUUAUUUCAGUAGUUUUGAAAGUACACAUGCAUUGUGAAGCUUGUGCUCAAGAGAUCAGAAAACGUAUUCUCAAGAUGAAGGGGGUGGAAAGUGUAGUGCCGGAUCUAAAGAGCUCACAGGUGGAGGUGAAAGGGACUUUUCCGGCGGCGGAGUUGGUUGAUUACGUGCACAAAAGAACAGGGAAAAUCGCCGUGAUCGUGAAGCAAGAUCCGGAGCCAAAGAAAGAGGAAGACGCUAACGGUAAAGAUGAGAAAAAGGGUGGCGACGGCGGUGGUGAGAAGAAAGAAGAGAAGAAAGCCGAUGAAGGCGGUGAGAAGCAAGAAGCAACGGCGAAACCAGAGGACGCGGCGGCGGCGGCGGCGGUGUUGGAGCUGAGGAAGAAUGAAUAUUACUAUUAUCAGCCAGCAAAUUACCAGUUAUACCCUCCACGAUACGCCGCAGAGGCGGCCUAUGCGUACCCACCAGCUCCAGAAAUGUUCAGUGACGAAAACCCCAAUGCGUGCAGUGUAAUGUAAAUAAUGAAGGGGUAUAAUUGGAAAAGCACAUGGAAACAAGCUAUGGCCAUAGUUCUUCGAGCUUUUGUAAAGUGUCUGCAGGAAGAAGCUGUAGAAUUUUGUGAAACCUUUUUUAAAUUUAGAUAAAAUAAUAUUUGUUAACAUGAUGCAUAUAUUAUUUUAAAACAA